GCGUUGUGCUGGCAACAACUUGGAAGCGGGGCAGCUGCAAUCGAGAGGUGUCAUGGCGGCCGCCGACGAAGGGGACGCGACCGGGGAAGCGGCGGUGCUGGAGCGCGGGCCGGGAGCGCUUUAUCACAUGUUUGUCAUGAUGGAAGAUCUGCUGGAAAAGUUGAAGCUACUCAAUUGCGAGGAAGACGCCGCGUUGCGGAGCCAUAACAUGAGGCCGCCUUCCCGACAUUAUUUUGCAUUGCCUAUUAACCCAGGCGAACAGUUCUACAUGUUUUGUACCCUUGCUGCUUGGCUAAUUAAUAAGGCAGGGCAUCCUUUUGACCAACCACAGGAAUAUGAUGAUCCAAAUGCAACAAUAUCUAACAUACUAGCAGAGCUACGGUCCUUUGGAAGAACUGUAGAUUUUCCUCCCUCAAAGUUAAAGUCUGGUUAUGGAGAACAAGCUUGCUACGUUCUUGAUUGUUUGGCAGAAGAAGCCUUGAAAUACACAUCCUUUAGCUGGAAAAGGCCUACGUAUCCCACUGAGGAGCUAGAAGAAGAAGCAAUAACAGAAGAUGAUGCUGAAUUAACGCUUAAUAAAAUAGAAGAAAUAAUUGCGGAAGAAGAGACAGACAAUGAGGAAAAUUAUAUUGAUCUGAAUGUUUUAAAGGCACAAACUUACAAAUCAGACAUGCUUGAGUCUAAACAGGAGGAGAUUUUAGAAUCUAAAAUAGAUGCAGCUGAGUGGAACCUUGAAGUGGAACGUGUUCUUCCUCAGUUGAAAGUCACAAUCAGAACAGAUAAUAAGGAUUGGCGAAUCCACGUGGAUCAGAUGCAUCAGCACCAAGAUGGAAUUGAAUCAGCUUUAAAAGAUACCCGUGGCUAUCUUGACAAGCUUCAUAAUGAAAUCAGCAGAACUCUGGAAAAGGUUAGCAGUAGAGAAAAGUAUAUUAACAAUCAGCUGGAACAUUUGGUUCAAGAAUAUCGUUCUGCACAGGCACUUUUGAGUGAGGCCAAAGAGAAAUAUCAGCAAGGAAGUGGUGGUGUGACAGAGAGGACAAGAAUUCUGUCUGAGAUUACUGAAGAAUUAGAGAAAGUAAAACAAGAAAUGGAAGAAAAGGGAAGCAGUAUGACUGAUGGAGCUCCAUUAGUGAAGAUAAAACAGGCUUUAACCAAACUGAAGCAAGAAACCAUUCAGAUGGACAUACGAAUUGGCGUAGUGGAACACACAUUACUUCAAUCAAAGUUGAAAGAAAAAUCAAAUAUGACAAGAGACAUGCAUGCUACUAUAAUUCCAGAUUCUUCAAUUGUUGGUACUUAUUAAUUUUUAAAAUAAAUGCUAUGCUAAUAAAAUUUGUACAUAAUAUAUUUUUGCAUUUAUGUAUGUCAUGCUGCAAAUCUAUUACUGUGUAUAUAAACAAAACGAUUUAUGUUUUACAAUCAAGACCUACUGUGUGUGUGUUUUUGUAUGUAUGUGUGUCUGGACAUGUGGAAAGAAAAUACUUUUAACAAGUAUGUAGUAUAUUAAAAGUUUUGGAUUGCAUUGCAUUGAAAUGAAAAAUUAUUCAAAAGCAAAAUCCUAUACAAAAAUAAAUUGUUGCAAAACAUCUAAAUGUAAA